AUGGCUCAGCACCCUCUCCAGCGAGCAGACUCGCCUGCGCCCGGCUUCUCCCUGCUGUGGCAUCUCGUCGGCAUUGCCUCGUUCGCGUCGAGCUACAAGUUCCUGCUCGAGUGGAAGACGCCCGUCAGCGAGUCUUAUGGAUGGCACCUGCAGUUUCUGACCAUCAUCGCGCUGACGCUCUCCUUUGUCACCUUUGCCGUCGCAGCGGUUGCCGACGUGACGCGUAGCGCGACCCUCUUUGGUGUCAAGAACUCGCUGUCCCUAGUGGCCACGCCGCUCAACGUCGUCGUCACGACCCUGUACUUUGGCAUCUCCGCCAUUGACCCCGAGCUCGUGGUGCCGCCCGAGUUCAGAAUCCCGCUCGCCGUCGAUCUCGGAUUCCACUUUGCGCCGGGCCUCCUCCUGGUGUUUGACUACCUGGUGCUCAGCCCGCCGUGGACGGUGGGCGCCCCCCUGGUUAUGGCCCUCAGCACCAGCAUUGCCUUUGGAUACUGGUACUGGAUUGAGCUUUGCUACAGCAAGAAUGGAUGGUACACCUAUCCCAUCUUUGCUCUCCUUGACACGCCCCAGCGCAUCAUGCUCUUCACCUUUUCUGCCGUUCUGGUCACGGUGGCGUCAUCAUCUCUCAAGGUUGCAUACGCAAGGCUUAAUGGCCCGGCUGUAGCUGCAGCCAAGAAGACCAAUUAG